AUGGCUACACUUCUCCCUCCCCCAAGUAAACGUCAGAAGACGGAGACUGCCGAGAAGGCGCGUCUGCAGCAGGAGAUUCAGGGCAUACCUGACGACUUGGGAAGCGUGCGAGUGCAGUUCUUUGACCAAGCGACCGGUUCAGCUACAGGCCCGGCGGUGUCUGUCCCAGUGGCCGAUGCGACAGUAAAAAAUCUUGAGACUCUUUUGAACACAUUACAAGGAAAUGAAGAGGAUGAACGAGUACCAUACCGAUUUACUUUCCAGUCCGAUGACAAGGACAGCAAGGACAGCCAGACAAUUGAUAUCCUAGCAGACAUAUACCACUCCCUUUUGAAACCUGGGGUGAAAACAACCGAAGAUACCAUUCAACUUUACUUUACUCCACAAGCUAUUUUCCGGGUAAAGGCCGUUUCACGGUGCUCCGCCUCCAUCGCCGGACACGGGGAGGCUAUCCUCGCUACAUCGUUCUCACCCGUUUCUUCUUCUACAAUGGUUUCCGGCAGCGGAGACUCGACGGCGCGCAUAUGGGACUGCGACACAGGAACACCAUUGCACACUCUUAAGGGACACACGAGCUGGGUGCUAGCCGUCAGCUACUCGCCGAACGGAGCAAUGAUCGCAACAGGAAGCAUGGACAACACAGUACGGAUAUGGGAUGCAAAGAAGGGUCAAGCGCUGGGGGCACCAUUGAAAGGGCACGUAAAGUGGAUCACCAGUCUAGCCUGGGAACCCUACCAUCUGCAACAGUCCGGCCACCCUCGUCUCGCCUCUGCAUCGAAAGACUCCACCGUCAGGAUCUGGGACGUCAUCUCGAAGCGCGCAGACAUCGUCCUUUCCGGGCACAAAGGCUCAGUAACCUGCGUACGAUGGGGUGGAACAGGUAAAAUCUACACCUCCUCCCACGACCGGACAAUCAAGGUAUGGAACUCGCAGACUGGUACCCUGAUCCAGACAUUGUCCGCCCACGCCCACCGCGUAAACCACCUCGCCCUGUCCACAGACUUCAUCCUCCGCACAGCCUACCACGACCACACAGGCAAAGUCCCCGAGUCUGACGCAGACAAGGUCGCCAUGGCAAAGAAGCGCUUCGAGAAAGCAGCCACAAUCAACAACAAGAUCGUUGAGAAACUCGUCUCCGCCUCGGAUGAUUUUACCAUGUACCUUUGGGACCCGGAGAGCUCCAGCAAACCCGUUGCACGCCUCCUCGGCCACCAGAAGGAAGUCAACCACGUCACAUUUUCCCCGGAUAUGGCCUAUAUCGCCUCCGCCGGAUUCGACAACCAUGUCAAGCUCUGGAAUGGGCGAGACGGAAAGUUCAUCACAACCCUCCGUGGGCACGUCGGCGCCGUCUACCAAUGCUGCUUUUCGGCUGAUUCGCGCCUUCUUGUUUCCUCCUCCAAGGACACAACAUUGAAGGUGUGGAAUGUGCGCACAGGAAAACUUAGCGAGGAUCUGCCGGGUCACAAGGAUGAGGUGUUUGCGGUGGAUUGGAGCCCGGAUGGGCAGAAGGUUGGUAGUGGAGGUAAAGAUAAGGCUAUUCGGAUAUGGAGGAACUAG